CAGAGUAGUGUAACUUUUGAUUGAUUUUCUGCAGGAGAUUCUGGAGAUCAAGCACACAGUGUAUUUCAUCGUUUUUAAAACUGUGUUUAUACGACUCUACUUAUUCUAUAUGGUUUAGCCUUAUGCAUGUAUACUUAUUCUGAAACAGACUUGGUUCGUUUGCAUUCCAUAGGACUUCAAUUCCCAGAAGCCCGCGGGAGGGACAGGGGGCGGGGUGCAGCUGUCAGAAAGGAGGAUCACGUUUCUAUUUACUUUCAUAGAAUUUGCAAACAUAAGAGUCAUUUAAACCAGAGAAGCAAUGGAACAGAUACAGACUGUAACGACAGCGACGGGAGAAAGUGUGGUCCCAGGGGAUGAAGGCAAGGACAAGUUUAAGAAAUGUGACCAGAUUGCCUUUUACAGACGGCAGAAGCAGCUCGCUGGAUCGGUGCGGUACCACGCUCUGCUAGACACCCUGGAGGUAUCGGAGACCCACGCAGAGCUGCAGCUUCAGCACACACACACAGAGGCCCACCUGCUUCUCCAAGUGUGUGGAAUCAAGGGCGGGGCCAUCAGGGUAAAGAUCAACGAGCUGCAGCCUAUCAGAGCCAGAUAUGAGGUUCCGGAUGUUCUGAUUGGAGAGCCGGUCACUCAGAGACUGAGAGCCGAGCCAGGAGGGGGCGACGCUGUCACCCUGAGUGCAGAGGAAUGCGGGUUCCAGGUCCGGGUCAAGGGUCACCCGUUCCUAUUGGAGGUUGAGUGCGAAGGGGAGGUGCUGGUGAGCGUGAACGCACAGGGGAGACUGCACUUCGAGACACUGCAGACUCCACCCACUCAGGGGGUCUCGUCUGUUGACAGUGACAAGGUAGUUCUGCACACUGUAGACCCUUCCCAUGAUGCAGUAGAACACCUCUCAUCCAAAUGGCUCCAGGGACGGAUAAAGGGGUCCUACUGUAUCUGUUCUCAAGGUUGUAUGUUUCAGAUUAGGAACAUUUGUAUGGAAACUAACUCACAUUUUAUAUUAUUAUUCCAGGGGGAAGAUUCCCAAGGGCUGUGGAAAGAGGAAUUUAAAACGUUCCUUGAUGUGAAAGCAAAUGGACCCAGUUCUGUGGGCCUGGAUUUCUCUCUCCACGGAUUUGAGCAUGUUUACGGGAUUCCUGAACACGCAGACACGCUUCGGCUCAAAAACACCCGUGCUGGGGAGCCUUACCGCUUGUACAACCUGGACGUCUUUGCCUAUGAGAUUCACAGCAGGCUGGGUCUCUACGGCACUGUCCCCCUGCUCCUAGGACACAGACUGGGCAGGACCGUCGGCAUCUUCUGGUUGAACGCCUCCGAGACCCUGCUGGACAUCGGCAAUGAGACUGAAACCGAGUCCUCACUCCAGGGGCCUCCUCAGAAGAAGAGAAGAGAGGUUCCCUCCACUGAGCUGCACUGGAUGUCGGAGAGCGGAGUCAUUGAUGCCUUUGUCUUGCUGGGCCCGUCUCCUCUCGACGUCUUCAAACAGUUUGCAUCACUUACAGUUCAGUGGGCUGAGAUGCCAGUUCGUUGCAGUGACAUGCAGGCUCAUUGUGGUGCAGGCUUCCAGGCGCUGCCCCCCCUCUUCUCUCUGGGGUAUCACCAGAGCCGAUGGAACUAUGAGGACGAGGCAGACGUGCUGGCAGUGGACGCCGGCUUCGACCAGCGAGACAUCCCCUACGAUGUCAUCUGGCUGGACAUCGAGCACACCGACGGCAAGCGAUACUUCACCUGGGACAGCAAGAGAUUCCCAGACCCCGCCCGCCUGCAGCGCCAUCUACAGCGCUGGAGUCGCAGGUUGGUGGUUAUCAGUGAUCCACACAUCAAGGUUGACCCGGACUACCCUGUGUACAGAGACGCCAGCGAGCAGGGCUGCUUCGUGAGGGACCGAGCGGGCCGGGUGUUUGAGGGGUCCUGCUGGCCAGGUCCCUGCUCCUACCUGGACUUCACCAGUCCGCUUGUGCGGGACUGGUACAGCAGCCAGUUUGCCUUGAAUAAAUACAAGGGUUCAACAGACGCCCUGUUUGUCUGGAAUGACAUGAAUGAGCCCUCGGUGUUUGACGGGCCCGAGCAGACCAUGCCGAAGGAUGCAGUGCAUUGUGGCGGAUGGGAGCACAGGGAGCUGCACAACCUGUAUGGAUUCUACCAGCACUGGGCCACCAUGGAAGGUUUGAUCCGGCGCUCGAAAGGCACAGAGCGGCCCUUCGUUCUCACGCGCUCCUUCUUCGCAGGCUCCCAGAGGUUUGGUGCUGUAUGGACAGGGGACAAUGUGGCUUCCUGGGAUUACCUGAAAAUCUCCAUCCCAAUGCUCCUCACUCUCAGCAUCACUGGAAUAUCAUUCUGUGGAGCGGAUGUGGGAGGUUUUUUCCAGGACCCGGAGCCGGAGUUGCUGGUCCGCUGGUACCAGGCGGGGGCGCUGCAGCCCUUCUUCAGAGGACACUCUGCCAUGCAGACCAAGCGGCGCGAACCCUGGCUCUUCGGAGACGAGAACACUCGCGCCAUCAGUGACGCCAUCCGCGAGCGCUACCGCCUGCUGCCCUACUGGUACAGCCUGUUUCACCGCGCGCACUGCCACGCAGAGCCGCCCAUCAGGCCACUCUGGGUUGAGUUCCCUGGAGAGAUACAGAGCUUUGAGAUGGAAGACGAGUACAUGAUAGGGAAUGCGUUGCUGGCUUGCCCUGUGACGGAUUCUGGGGUGACAGAAGUGAAUGUUUUAUUUCCUGGUUCAGGGGAGUUCUGGUAUGACAUCAGGACAUUCAGACGCUUUGAGGGAGGCACGAACACAAGUGUCCCUGUGACCCUGGACAGUGUUCCUGUCUUCCAGCGAGGCGGCACCAUUGUCCCCAGAAAGACGAAAGCGGGCCGGUCAACGGCCUGUCUGAGCUCCAUCCCCUUCGAUCUGACUGUGGCCCUGGAUUCAGAGGGCUGUGCGGAGGGGGAGCUGUACGUGGACGACGGCCAUUCCUUCAACUACAGAACAAAGCAGGAGUUCACACUGAGGAGAUUCACCUUCCGCAACAAGACGCUGUCCUGCAGCUGUGCUGAUGAGAAAGGGCAGUUCCAGUGUGUGUGUUCAGUGGAGAGGGUUGUGUUCCUGGGACUGGAAGCCAAGCCAUCCGCAGUGAUUGUGCAGCAAGGUUCAGGUGUACAUGAGAAAAAAAAGACCUUUCGUUUUGAGGAGGAGACUUCGAUGUUGACUGUGGAAAACCUGAAAUUAAAGACUGUUCACAGCUGGGAACUGAAGAUCAAAUAGAAAUGCUCUAUGAACCAGCAUGGAUCACCGGCUGUGCUGAGUAUAGAUUGAUUACACAAGGGUGAUAGACACACGUGUGUAUGUCCCCACCUCACCUGUAAGUUGCACACUAAUGUAACGGCACUGAUGAAGACAUUAGCUGUCAUGCAUGCGUGAUAUACCGUAGGUCUCAAAUGUGCAGAUUUAAAAGAAACUUGUAUUAGAGCAAACAUGUUUUAUUUAAAAAUGUGCUCUGUGGCACUACUUUAGGUUAAAGGGUACAUCAGCACCACAUGAAAAAUAAAACAUAAACUAUCCCACCUUGCUGUUCCGAAUGUAUUUGGUCAUUGUAUAAUAAUCCCUACGCGCCCAAACAUCUGCAUAAUGCCACACUGCUUGUGUCCAAAAUCACUGUUCUCAAGCAUCUCUUUUGAGCCAAAAAACAUGACUUCCGCUUGUCCCCUCACAUGUGCUGUGAAACGUACCAGCACAUGCCCAGUGAAGCGUAUAAGCCAUUACCUCCGUGUGGAAACACACUAGUUUGUGUGACAAACCCUUUACCUUUUAGAAUGUAUGAAUAAAGUACAGUUUGAUAUGAAUGUGUCUGACCUCCAGUAGUUUGCACAUUACUAACCCUGCAGUACAUGUUGUGUGCACGCAGCCACUGCUGUACAGCUGGGUUACCAACUAGAUCCAUUCUUAACAAGGAAGAAUGAUUGAACACAUGGAGGCAAGGGAGGCUUGAGAGAGGCUCAUUUGUUUUACAUUUCUUUUUAAAUCACAGGGGCUGCAGUCCCUUGGCACACAUCCCCAGCCUCGUUCUGUGGUUGAUUUUUAAAACAUGAUUUUUAUUUCUGUGUAAAUGUUGUUUUGUAUGUCAGUUUCAAUCAGAACUGUUGGUUCUUCUGUCCUAAAAUACAGUGACCACAGAAGAAACGUCCUGCAAUCUGCAUACUGGAGAUGUGGCACCUGAACCUUACACCAGAGGGCAGUUCAUUUCAGUGUUUAAACUGUAAACACUUUUAAACGUUUCAACUUGAGCAUACUGUUUUGGGAAGUAACCAAACCAAAAAGUUUAGACAUUCAACUAUUCAACACCCCAGGCAGUUAUUAUUGACGGCAGUUCAGCAUUUUACAGUAGACCUCUUUUAACAGCAAUGGCAGUAUUACCAGCAAGUCAUUUCAACAUGGUGCUUUGGAGAUUCUUGUCUACUGUAAGAACUUAAGAACAUAAGAAAGCUUACGAGCGAGCAGAGCCCUUCAUUUACAAACCCGUCAGUGCUAGUCCAGUUCCUAGCAGCUGGGCGAGCUCCAAACUUUGUCAAGCCAGAUCAUAAAAAGACACCUGUCAUUCAGCAUCGACGAGAUAGCCCAUUCCAUUCCUCACCACUCUGUCUAAGAAGGUGUCUCCUUCCCUCUGUCCUAACUCUAUCUCCACUUUGAUAAACAUGUUGUAUGAAAUGCAUGAUAAUCCAGCUGAGCAGUCAACACAGUGAGUAACCGCAGUGAUCAUGGGCUGGAUUCAAAGUGUGAUUCCUUUCUUCUGUCCUUGCAGAACACCAGUACCCACCCUCUACUUGGGUAUGCCAUUGCGUGGAUGCGGUUUGGCCAAGCAUUCUACUGGGCCGCACUGUAACUUUAGAAAGGGACUGAUUGUUUUUUUUUACAGCUACAUGAUCUUCAGUUAUCUUCUGAUGAUUUCAGAGUCUCCUGGAGUCGCAUCGACCACAACACAACAAAUCAAAAACCGUUUGUGUUUUGGAUUUCUUUUUAAAUCACAUGUGCUACACUAGCUUGGCUCUCAUUUCCAUCUGCUGUUUUUUAUUUAUUUAUUUAUUUAUUUAUUUAUUUAUUUAUUUAUUAGCACAGACGCCCUUAUCCAGGGUGACUUACAACUGUUACAAGAUAUCACAUUAUUUUCACAUACAGUUACCCAUUUAUACAGUUGGGUUUUUACUGGAGCAAUCUAGGUAAAGUACCUUGCUUAAGGGUACAGCAGCAGUGUCC